UAUCAAGUCAAGCCCUCAUGCUGAGUUGCAUCACAGCUCUGCUCCCAGACGCACUCGCAAACAAGACCAGAAUAACAUUUUCUCCGUACUGAAAUAUAAAGAAGCGAAGGAGUAACAUUUGUAAAUGACAAGAUGUUACAAUUCAGGAGAAGCGUUGAAGCCGAAAAACAUCAAUUACAGGAGCUCAACAACAGACUGGGCCAGUACCUGUCAAGAACAAUGCAAUUGGAGCAUGACAACGCAAUCCUCAUAACUGAAAUAAACAAGAUAAGACAAGAGAAGACAGUGGAAUGGGACAACCAAUGUAUGGCCGAAAUGCGGGACCUGAGGAGAAUGGCGGGGCAACUAUCUUUUGAAAAGUCCCGAGCCGAGACUGAACGAGAGAAGCUUUGGCAAGAGUUUCAGAUGUUACAGUUGAUGUGUUGUGAGGAGCAGGUAGUAUGCAAAGACAUAGGUGGAGAGCUAAAAGGUUGCGAGAAGCAGCUUCAUAAAGCUCAACAGACCAAUGGGGAACUUGAAGAACGUCUGUUCCAGCUUGAGAACGAGUACAAAUUCAUUGAGGAUGCACACAGACAAGAAAUGACCAAGCUCCGGAGCCAGGUGCAUUCACGACCUAUUGUUACCCAAACCUACCAUGGUCCUUCAGCGGUCUCGAUGGAAGAGAUGCAACAUUAUGCCCUCAGCCUGUCAGAAGGAUGGACUGACACCUUAGAGGUGUAUCGAAGGAAGGUCGAAGAUAUGGAGGAAUCGAUCAACGCGGACCAGACGAGGCUGGAUGAUCUCCAAAGGGAAAAGAUGCAGUAUGCCUCAGAGUUUAACAAAUUGCGUAAAGAGGUUGAAAAGCAAGGUCAGAUUCAAAUACACCUGGAGGAACAGCUCAUAUAUAUGCAGGAGAACUUCCACGCGGACAUCACCCAGUAUCAGGUGAUUAUUGAUCAGUUGGAGCGGGAGCGGGAAAUGUUGGCCAACACCAUGGCAGAAAAGGUCAGUGACCACCAGCAGCUACUGCAGGUCAAGAUGGAUCUGGGCAUGGAGGUGGCUUACUACAGGGCGCUUAUUGAAGGAGAUCAUCAGCAGCAUCUGCAGUCAAGAGGAAGAGUCAUAGAUAUUAAGAUGAUGCCUCCACAACAGUACAAACCAAGAGUUUUCACAUCAACCAGACAGGAUGUAAGGAAGCAUCUGGAUGUGAAAUACAUGGAGCCAACCUCAAGCUUGAGAAGAUCGCCUGUUCCAUCUCAGUAUGGUCGCACCAGUCCUUCCAGGAUCAUACCUAUCUCAGUCAAAGGAAGCAGCUACAACAGGAAUCAGAGUCCUACCACCAGAAGGGACAUGGUCUCAUUCACUAAAUCCCAGUCUGCAUCCUCAAGCUCUUCCUCCACUACCGUUAAACCUGUGGCCCAGAGUACGGUCAGGAAAAAUAUAGAUGCUCAGAAGAAAGGUGUGGAGGAGAGGAGUGUGAGAAACAAAGAGGUGUCACAACACUCAGCUAAGGAUUCUCUUGACCAUUCUCGAGGCACAGCAAACACAUCCAGUCCCAUUGCCUCACCCACUGCUGACCCCAAUUCAGUAAGAAUAGUGUCACCACCAAUGAUGAGUCUUAGCAGAAACACAGAGGACAGCAAAAAGAAAGCAGAGAGGCAAGUUGAAAGAGAGGUGAGAGGAGAUGCAUUUGGUCUUCAGAAUGUCAAGAUGCAUGCCAAAGAUGGCAGCAUUACAGCAACCACGACAAGUGAUAAGAUGGUCCUAGACUCUGUGUCUAUGGAGGAACUCAUUGAGAAGGUCAUGAAACCUGCUGGUUUGGAUCGAAAGGUCUGCAGCUCCUCUCCAGACUCCAAGAUCACUUACCAUGUGGAGAAAACGGAGAAGGAGGACGGGUCAACAAAGACACAGAUUAUCCUGGAGUCCAAGGUGCAAGAGGAGCUGGAUAUGUCAGAGGACUUUGCACUGGAGGAACUUCUCAGCAAGGAAGUGAAACACGUGUCACUGGAGGAUAUCAAGGGCACUGCAACAGGAAACAUGAUUCAGAAUCUGCUCAGCCUUGGGCUGCAUGGAGGAGAGGACAUGGGAAACAAGUCUGUCAAUGUGGAGAUCAUCGAGGAACCAGUGGAGGAUUACAGUGACGAGGAGUACGAGUUUGAGGAGAAGUCCACACCCAAGUUCUCCAAGCCCUCUUCAAUGUUCUUUCAUAUUGAAGAACUAGAGAAUGACCCUCACGGCACCAUAUACCAUGAGAGUGGUGCUGAAGUAAUGAAAACCUCCAUGACAGCAGCAAACUAUGGCAGUAAUGGUGGAUCUGUGAAGGUCCAGGAAGACUUCAGAGAUAGUGAAUCUCAAUACUACAGCCACAACCAAGAGUCUCAAGAGUAUUUUGUCUCCACACCUGAUGGAAAUCUGUCAGAGCCUGAGGAGGGUGAUGGUAUAGCAUCAUAUGGACAUGGUGAACGACCCUCCAGUGGUGGACGAAUGGUGGACGACUUUUCAGAUGAAAGGUACUACCAGGAGGAGGAAGUCUCAAAGAACAGAGUUUUUGUUGAGGAAAGCGAUAGUUACAGACCUGCAUCGGACAGCCAGUACAUGAAAGAUGACAACUCCUUGGCCCAAAAUAGUUACUCAGAGUGCAUCAUUGAAGAGGAGACCAUCUGUGUCUCCCCCACAGUGCAGGAGUCAAUGCUUGGAUACCUGAGAGAGGAAACUUUACACCCCAAAGAGCAGCUGAGGGGAGCCCUAGAGCAGCUCCAAGGAGCAGUGUCAGGGAGCCUGAAAGAAGAGUUGGCUCUCCUCACAAGACGCGGCAGUGAUAGUGCUCAGAACAUAUCUGUGGACAUAAAAAAAGUAAACCAGUCCUCUGACAACGGAACCACGACUAUUGUGGCAGAGCUCAAGAGCUCAACAACUCUAGAGGACUCUGGGCAGCUGGGGGAGCAGGGGGAUGAUGUAUCUGAGGAGCAGAUCAUGGCGGCUCUAUGCGCCUCCAACCUUGGAGCAGAGGGAGGAUACACCCUGGACACAAAGGAGAUGUGCUGGGUGACUAGCAGUGAGGGACAGGGAGGCGAGUCCUCAACGGAUGUCACUGAGAAGCACAUCAAGCUGGGGCAAUCAGAGAAGUCAUUCCCCUUCCAGAUGGAUGUAAAUAAUGGCCAAGGACAGGACCCCCCACCAAAGGUCACUCAUAAGAAAAGAGUUGCCACAGUCUAUCUUGAAUCUAAUGAAGAUGAGUUCUGAUUCAAAUGAGAUAUUUUUAUUAUAAUACUCCCCAUAUUAAGUCACACACCAGUCAAUCAGUUGCAACGACUGUGAUGUUAUUCGAUGUGAUUCAUAAAUUGCUAUGCCUACAAUUGCGAUAAGAGUACAAAUUAUAGCCACUGCAUAUAUAUAUAUAUAAGGUUUUAAUAGCAUUUGUUACCCAUUUUCAAAUGUCUCUCUGCUUCUUUUUAAGAAUAUGUUGUUAUAUUCAUUUCCUGCUAUAUUUUUGUACUAACCUGUACGACAGAAGAGGGCUGUCUAUUUGCCUGAGAUACUAUAACCAAAUAUGGAACAAUGCUAAUAUAUCCUCCAUUGUUAUGGUUAAUGUUGCAGUCUUAAAACAUGUUCAACAUUUACAGUAUGUAUCUAGAAAAAAACCAUACCUAUUGUUUCCUGUAAUGCCAUGUUAUUUUUAACCACAUUUAAAGCCAGUGGUUUGUUACUGAGGGAGUUCCUAUUGUUGAUAAGGUUGUUAAUGCUUAUUAAUUGUUAAUGCUUGUUAAUGCUAAUGAUGGCUAAAUUUGAAUGUGUUUAUGAUCGGGGACAAAAGUAUGUGUAUCAUGUCUUGUCAGAUGAAAUCUACUCACUAUUAAUCAUUUGAAUUGGAAAGAAAAAAAGAAAAAAAUCAAAUGCAAUUCUAAAUCAGAUGGGGUGUAAUCGAGUGAUUCUGAUCACCAUUUAGCAAAACCACUAAACGUUUUCUACACGUUUGACAUUACUAUUAAGUUUCAAAACUUUGUACCGUCAAAAUGGUUUUAUAGUUCAUCCUUCCGGUUCCCUCGCCAUGAUCUUUUAAGCUGGAGAUAAGCAUAUGGUUAAUGUCUGAGAUAAGACCUGUACAUCUACACUGAACAAAAAUAAACACAACAUGCAACAAUUUUAAAGAUUUUACUGAGUUACAGUUCAUAUAAGGAAAUCAGUCAAUUUAAAUAAAUCUAUGGAUUUCACAUGACUGGGGAUACAGAUAUGCAUCUGUUGGUCACAUAUACCCUAAAAGAAGGUAGGGGCGUGGAUCAGAAAACCAGUCAGUAUCUGGUGUGACCACCAUUUGUCUCAAUCAGUGUGACACAUGUUCUGAAUGUUGUCCCACUCCCCUUCAAUGGCUGUGCGAAGUUGCUGGAUAUUGGCGGGAACUGGAACACGCUAUCGUACGCAUCGAUCCGGAGCAUCCCAAACAUGUUCAAUGGGUGACAUGUCUGGUGAGUAUGCAGUCCAUGGAAGAACUGGACCAUUUUCUGCUUCCAGAAAUUGUGUACAGAUCCUUGCGACAUGGGGCUGUGCACUAUCAUGCUGAAACCUGCUGAGGUGAUGGCGGCGGAUGAAUGGCAAGACAAUGGGCCUCAGGAUCUCGUCACUGUAUAUCUGUGCUUUCAAAUUACCAUCAAUAAAAUGCAAUUGUAUUCAUUGUCCAUAGCUUAUAUCUGCCCAUACCGUAACCCUCCUCACAACAUGGAUAUCAGCAAACCGCUUACCCACACGACGCCAUAUACUCUGUCUGCCAUCUGCGCGGUACAGUUGAGACUAGGAUUCAUCCAUGAUAAGCACACUUCUGCAGUGUGCCAGUGACUAUCAAAGGUGAGCAUUUGCCCACUGAAGUCAGUUACAAUGCCGAACUGCAGUCAAGACCCUGUUGAGUACAACGAGCACACAAAUGAGGUUCCCUGAGAUGAUUUCUGAUAGUGUGUGCAGAAAUUCUUCAGUUAUGCAAACCCACAGUUUCAUCAGCUGUCCGAGUGGCUGGUCCCAGAAGAUCCCACAGGUGAAGAAGCCAGAUGUGGAGGUCCUGGGCAGGCGAGGUUACACGUGGUCUGCGGUUGUGAGGACAGUUUGAAGUAUUGUCAAAUUCUCUUAAACAAUGUUGGAGGCAGCUUAUUGUAGAGAAAUGAACAUUCAAUUCUCUGGCAACAGCUCUGGUGGAUAUUCCUGCAGUCAGUAUGCCAAUUGCAAGCUUCCUCUAAACUUGAGACAUUUGUGGCAUUGUGUGAUCAAACUGCACAUUUUAGAGUGGCUUUUUAAUGUCCCCUGCACAAGGUGAGCCUGUAUAAUGAUCAUGCUGUUUAAUCAGCUUCUUGAUAUGCCACACCUGUCAGGUGGAUGGAAUGUCUUGGCAAAGGAGAAAUGCUCACUAACAGGGAUGUAAACAAAUUUGUUCACAACAUUUGAGAGAAGUAAGUUUUUUGUGAGUAUGGAACAUUUCUGGGAGCUUUAAUUUAAGCUCAUAAAAUAUAAAACACUUACAUUUUUGUUCAGUGUAAUUUCAGUAAACCACAGUACAUAUGAAUUCCCUUGGCUUGAGCCAUGUUGUGAUGGUGACCAGUGAUUCACCUUGGCUUAGAGGUGAGUCAGGGAUCUAGUCAAUCAGAUCCGCUUUAGCCAACAUCCACAUAGCAGUUUUGAAGGUGUCAGAAGUGGAACUGCAUUAGAGCUGUCAAAUCCACGGCAUUAUUUUUAUUUUUUUAUUUUACCAGGCAAGUCAGUUAAGAACAAAUUCUUAUUUUCAAUGACGGCCUAGGAACAGUGGGUUAAUUGCCUGUUCAGGGCAAUUAGAACAACAGAUUUGUACCUUGUCAGCUCGGGGAUUUGAACUUGCAACCUUUCGGUUACUAGUCCAACGCUCUAACCACUAGGCUACCCUAAAGCCGACAUUACCAAUCAUUUCUAUAUAGCCUACACUUUCUCAUUCUAAACUUCUUAACGCAAGUGGGGGUGUGGCUUCGAGACAAUGAUUGCAAGAGCAGCUGCUCACUGAUUUUACCACUCCAAUGCAGUACCACCUCCAACACCACUUCCAACACCUCCAAAACAUCCUCUUUGUGAGAGUGUCUGCUAUCGGUUAAUGCUUGAUCUGAUUGAAUUUAGACCUUACUGUACAUGCUGAUCUCACUGCUUGCAUUGUGUGCUCGAGCAUUGCAAAGUAAAUGUACUCAUACAGUACCAGUCAAAGGUUUGGACACACCUACUCAUUCAAGGGUUUUUCUUUAUUUUUUAAACUUUUUUCUACAUUGUAGAAUAAUAGUGAAUAUGUGAAAACUAUGAAAUAACACAUAUGGAAUCAUGUAGUAGCCAAAAAAGUGUUAAACAAAUACAAAUAUUUUAUAUUUGAGAUUCUUCAAAUAGUCACCCUUUGCAUUGAUGACAACUUUGCACACUCUUGGCAUUCUCUCAAUCAGCUUCAUGAGGAAUGCUUUUCCAACAGUCUUGAAGGAGUUCCCUCAUAUGCUGAGCACUUCUUGGCUGCUUUUCCUUCACUUUGAAGGAAAAACUCAUCUCAAACCAUCUCAAUUGGGUUGAGGUCGGGUGAUUGUGGAGGCCAGGUCAUCUGAUGCAGCACUCCAUCAUUCUCCUUCUUGGUCAAAUAGCCCUUACACAGACUGGAGGUGUGUUGGGUCGUUGUCAUAUAAAUAAUAGUCCCACUAAGCGCAAGCCAGAUGGGAUGGCGAUUUACUGCAGAAUGCUGUGGUAGUAUGCUGGUUCAUUGUGCCUUGAAUUUGAAAUAAAUCAUAGACAGUGUCACCAGCAAAGCACCCCCACAUCAUCACACCUCAACCAUGCUUCACGGUGGGAACCCCACAUGGGGAGAUCAUCCAUUCACAUACUCUGAGUAUCAAGAAAACAUGGCGGUUGGAACCAAUUAUCUCAAAUUUGGACAGAUUUCCACUGGUAUAAUGUCCAUUGCUCGUGUUUCUUGGCCCAAGCAAGUCUUCUUAUUAUUGGUGUCCUUUAGUAGCGGUUUCUUUGCAGCAAUUCAACCACGAAUGCCUAAUUCACACAGUCUCCUCCGAACAGUUGAUGUUGAGAUGAGUCUGUUACUUGAACUCUGUGAAGCAUUUAUUUGGGCUGCAAUUUGAGGUGCAGUUAACUCUAAUGAACUUAUCCUCUGCAGCAGAGGUAACUCUGGGUCUUCCUUUCUUGUGGUGGUCCUCAUGAGAGCCAGUUUCAACAUAGCACUUGAUGGUUUUUGCAACUGCACUUGAAGAAACUUAAAAAGUUAUUGAAAUGUUCCAUAUUGACUGACCUUCAUGUCUUAAAGUAAUGAUGGACUGUCAUUUCUCUUUGCUUAUUUGAGCUGUUCUUGCCAUAAUAUGGACUUGGUCUUUUACCAAAUAGGGCUAUCUUCUGUAUACCCACCCUACCUUGUCACAACACAACUGAUUGGCUCAAACGCAUUAAGAAUACUACUACUACUACUACUACUACUACUACUACAACUGAAGGAGGAGAGAUUACUAGAAACUAACUAGGUUUCCUGUUUUGUCUGUGGAUUAAAUGUCGGACUAGAGAACACACACUUUUGUGUGACUAAAAUUGGUCAAUAUUCUACAAAGGUCCAGAAAAUAAGAACCUUGUACAUUUCAGGUGAAAUAACAACCCAAUGUUUAUAUCCCAGGACAAAUUAGCUAGCAACAGUAAGCUAGCUAGCUAAAUGCCCAUGAGUGUUUCAUUUUUUUUUCAACCUGCCCCAAAUUAAUAUAUUUGGUUCAGAGUUCGUUUUUAUAUUUCAUCCUGCGUGUCUUGGAUCGUGUCUCGUGUGGAUGUACAAAAUCAACAUGUGUGCGAUGGCACACAUGGACGCACAUGCGUGUCCGGUCUAGACAGCAUGUUUGUAUGUGUGAGUUUGCAUGUGUGUGUGAGUUUGUGUGUGUGAGUUUGUGUGUGUGACUACGUGUGCAAAAUAAUAAAUACCCCCAAUAUGGCUUCACCCCACAAGCCCCUUUCUUUUUUCUCAAUAAGGUGCUUUAGAGUUCUAUGCAACAGUGCAGAAACACUGAACACAGGUCAUUCACAUUAUGCUUCCUUGGUACUGUCUUGCUAUAACAGACUAUAAAGAGCAUGGAAUUACAAUAUCAUUGCUUUACAAAUGCUAUUGCGACUAAGCUACAUGCAAAUUAGGUAAAGUAGAGCACUUUGGAGUUGAAAGAUUUAGAACUGAUAAUAGUUUGUUGCACUCAGAGGCAUCAUGUCCAUAGGGGGCACAGGAAGUUUAGGAAGUUGGCUUUAGCUAGCUAGCCCUUUAGCUUUAGCUAGCCCAGAUAGGUUUCCAACCUCCUAACUAGCUACUAAGAAGACAUUUCAGGCUAUCAAUCAGGUUAGAGUAGCUAGCUUGUCUAACUAUCUUAACUGGCAUGCCUGCUGGCAAGGUUGGUAGACUUUAGAAAAUCAAACAAUAACUAAAUGUACAGAAUAAGACUCACAUUCCUUUCAAGCUUUUACCCAGAUUUUUUCAGAGAAGCAUAUUAACUUUAGUUUAAAAAAAUAAUCAGUCAGGAGGAUACAGACAGCUCUAGGCAUACGCUUAGAUAUGCUGAAUUAUUAUUAUUAUUUGUUUUACAUAGAAUUAAGAAUAAUGAUUAUGGCUCUUGAUGAAGCUGAAAAAAUAAAACCAUCCUCACAUACUUUGUGCCCUUUCAGAUUUUUGGGGUGCAUGACGCCCCAGGUUGCACUUGCACUUAAGUGCCCAGAUACAUUAGGAAACAGGUGGCCUUUCACAGUGUUUCAAAAUCUCUUUAGAAUGUGAAAAUGACAAACACUUUUUGAUCAAUUCACAUAUAUUGUAGGUUAAUUUUGGGCUUAAGAACAUUGUCAAAAAGGCAAUAUUUUUGAUACAAAACAUUGUAGGUUAAAUUAAAUCUCCAAACUAUCCAAUGUGCUGUGUUGCAUUUUGUUACACUUGCAAUUACAUCUGCUAACCAUGUGUAUGUGUCCAAUAUAAUUUGAUUUGAUUUAAACACACUGCGGUGCCCAAGAGCCUUUUAUGCCGCCAUUCUUUAUGUUUAAAAAGGGGUGUGCUACUCUCUUGACUGAUUGGUGUAAUUCAUGUAUUGAAAGUAAGUGCUUCAUGAAUUAGCAUACAUUGUUUUUCUUUUAUGGAAGAUGGGUGAAAAACUAUUAAAUUACUACUUGAGUGUG